AUGUUACUCAUUAUAAUUUUUAUAAAUUAUGUGUAUUGUUUUAAAUGUUCUCCUGGUUGCAUUAAUAGUUGUAUAGCAGAUUAUACAUGUGAUGGUUGUAUUACUGGAUAUUCUAAUGAUACAUCAUGUAUUACAUGUAAACAUGUCAAUCCAUACUCUGAAAUUAACUCAACUAAUCCUUUAUAUAUCAUGAUAGACGGUAGAUGUUCACUCAUUAAAAAUACAAUUAGUAAAACUCAUUGGCUUCCUAGUACUGGUAUUAAAGAAAUUAAUUCCUCUGAUCCAAUUGUUAUAACGUUUAACAGUUCUACUCCAUAUGAUCAAGGACCUUGUUAUAAUGGUAUUGGAACUUCUUCUUUUAAAAAAUCUCAUUGGCUUGUUGUUGACUUAUCAAAACUCAAAAACAUUACAGAUAAUAUUAAUAUUGUUUUGGAAUAUACAGACCAAAACAACAAAUCACCUAUUUACAUUGAUACCACUUCAUCAUCAGCUAAAGAUAAUAACCCACAAUGUUUAACAAGAUUUUUAUUGACAACAAAUGAAAGUACUGGAAUAAUGCAAAUUCCUCUUGAAUUUGACAUCCAAGAAAUGUCAAAAUUAUAUAUUUUUGCUUUUGUAGAAGAUAAUGCAUCUGCUAGUAUUUCAAUUAGUAUACAAGAGCUAACAGGAAAAGAAAGGGUGAUGUCCCUUGAAUUAACUCAAAAACAAAUUGAUGAAAUGGUUAAAACAAAUACACAUUAUAGACAUGUUUUUCAUAUGAGAAAUGAAGGAAGAUAUACAUAUCCUAUUUGUAUGCCAACAACAAUGACUAAAGUUAUAAGAUUUAGUAUUGAAUAUUCUGGAAAUUUUUCUAUUCACAUUAGUACAAUAGAAGAAAAUAGGAUUAGAUACCUUCAAGAAUAUACAAUAAACUCUUCAAAUAUAGUUCAAUGUAAAAAGUUAUGGGGUGCGACACAUUAUAGAAUUUCAAAAGAUUCUGGAAUAAAAAAUGGAUUAAACUUAAGGAUAGAAGGUAAUCCUAUUUUAACUAAAAGGUAUUUUGCAUUGCUUACAAACGAAUUAAACAUUGAUAUUCCUGUAACUUUUAAACCAAUUUGUAUUGACAAUUGUAAUAAUGAUAAAGGUCAUGGAAAUUGUUCAGCAAUAAAACAGAAUUGUAUUUGUAAUGAUGGGUAUGGUGGAGCUGAUUGCCAUUUAAAAUGUUAUCAUAAAGGACGUUGGCAAGUUAAUGAUUUUUCAAAUUUAUGUAAAUAUGGCUCAUCAAACUGUGAGGAAAAUUGUAUUUGUAAAAAAGGAUAUUAUUUAGUUGAUCAUUAUUGUCUUCAUGAAGACUGUUAUAAUAAUGUAUUGACUUCUAAUAUUGAAUGCUUAAGAAAAAAUGAAGGAUGUUCUCAAACUUGUUCCUGUCUCAAUGGAUUUGUUCCAUUGAAAGGAAGUUCUCGUUGUAUUCCAAAAAAGUGUGGGAAUAAGAGAAUUGAUACUAUAAUUGAUAAUUUGAAUGGAAAAAGAAGAGAGCAAUGUGAUAGCGGAACUAAUUGUAAUCAAUUUUGUGAGUGCAUUGAUGGAUAUGAACAAAAUAAAAAAGACCCAUUAAGUUGUAGUAAAAAAGGUGUUGACUGGAUGUUAGUUAGUACAUUGAUUAUUACUGGAACUAUAAUAGUUUUAAUAUUUAUUAUUCUUCUCUUUAUUCUUUUAUCUUGUUUCAUUAAAUCAAAAAAAGUUGAUAUUGAAGUUUACAAACAACAACAACCAAAUUAUUAUUAUUAUAUAUCUGGAUCAAGUAAAUCUGGUCCUUCUAAAGAAAAUAAUUAUUACUUAGAACCUCUUGAACUAGACUUUGGAAAUUCAUCAAACUCAACUGAUAUUUUUGAUACAAGAUUUGAAAAUAUUGUAAUUAAGAACCAUUCUAAAAAGAAAUGGUUGAUGAUCAUAUUCCAUACUCCAAACAAUCCAAAGUUUGUAUUUUAUUUUGAUCCUCAAGUAAAAUUUGUUUCAUCAAAAUCUACAAAGAAAAUAACAGUGUUUAUGACUCUCCAUUGUACAACAAAAAUAAAAAAUAUAAAAAUUCCAUAUACAAUUUGGUUUUCUAAGUGUAAGAAAAGUUUAGAAAUGAUAGCGGAUUUAUUAAAGAAUAAAACAUUUGAAGAAUGGAACCAAGAAAACCAAUUAAUACUUGAUAAAACUAUUAAAACAGGUUGUAUUAAAAGAAUGCAUUAUCAGUUUACUAUUGCGACUGAUGCUUCAUCAUCAACUUUUCUUGACUAUGAUGAAUUAAAUAUAAGAGAAAUACCUAUUGCAGAAGGGGCAAUGGGUAAAGUAUAUAUUGGAGAAUAUCGUAGUGUUCCCGUAGCUGUAAAAGAAUUUCAUUGGGACAAUUUAACAGAAGAAGAAAUAAUAGAAUUAAAAGAAGAAGUAAUUGCAGAAUGUGAAAUGAUGAGUAAAUUAAGAAAUCCAUUUAUUGCAAAUUAUAUGGGAUCAGUUACAUAUUUACCACAAAUAUCAAUGGUAAUGCAAUUCUUUGUUUUAGGCUCAUUAGGUGAAUAUGUAAGAAAAGAUAAUGAAAAUUUUAUUAGAUUCCCAUUUAAACUAAAAAUUAAAAUAUUAUUUGAUACUGCCAGAGGAAUGCAAUUUUUACAUGAAAAUAAUAUCAUGCAUCUUGACCUUAAACCUGAUAAUCUCUUAGUUAAUUCUUUUGAUCCAGAGUCUGCUUGUUGUAUUAAAAUUACUGAUUUUGGUACUUCAAGAAUGACUAAAAAAUCAAACAAAAGAACAGAUAAAGGACUUGGAACUCCAGUAUAUCUUGCUCCUGAAUGUUACCAUGAUGAAUAUACAUUUGCAUGUGAUGUAUAUUCAUUUGCCAUUACUUCUUGGGAAGUUUAUUAUCAAGAAGAGCCUUAUAAAGAUUUUAGGUCAUUAUUUGAAAUUAAGGUAUUUGUUGAAAAAGGAAAAAGACUUGAAAUUAAUAAUACAAUGCCUUCCUCUCUUAAAAAAAUUAUUAAUUCUUGUUGGCAACAAGAAACUAUUGAAAGACCAUCAUUUUGUUCAAUUGUUGAUAGACUAACUAAUAUAUUAGAUAAAGCACAUAAAUAUGAAGGACUAGAUGCAGGUAUUAGGUUUACUGAUAUUGAAGAUAUAAUGAGAAAAAGGACUGAACGACUUAAAUUAUUAUUAGAACAGAAUGAAUAA